AUGGCUUCCGCUAUCCGCCUCGCGGGGUCACAUCUUCGUGAGUUACGCAUACACCUUUGCCAGAAGAGCCCUGCAUCAGCUGGUGUACGUGCUUUCAUCGAAAGUGACUAUGUGGGCUUGAAGAAGGCAAAUCCGCAAUUUCCGAUUCUUAUUCGAGAAUGCUCUGGAAUUGUCCCGCGGGUAUUUGCCAGGUACAUUUCUCCAUACCUUCUUCGUUUUUGUUUCCAUUCAGUCUUACUUGUGAACGGAAAUUCUUUGGACUUGUACUUGAAAUAA